UUUAAUGGUGAGCACACUUUUAAUGGACCAGUUGGGCAAGUUUAUGUCUUGGUAUUUGUGGGUAAUGACUUGCUUUUUGCUGAUGACAUCAUACUAGCCUGGAAAUCCAGUUUUGUAAUCAGUUGCCCUGAACCGGCUGCAUCGCUGAAGGGUUACACCUGUGCUGUGCUUUCGCUCGUUGUUGGAGCCAAUAGGCUCUAA